CUACGAAUCACAGCACCGKUGGAACAAAGUAUCUUUGGAUCGAUCGUCGUAACGACUUUCAGCGUUGUCGAGGAAGGAAUUGCAACACCCAGGUYGGUUCUUGGAAGCCGGGAGGGCAUGGUGGUGCUACAUUCAAGAAAAAGAACCUUAUGAUGUACUUCUAGUUGUUUUUUCCUCGGAUAUGGCUUCGUUCGAGGGGCAAGAGAGAACCAAACAAGCAAGAAUGGUGAGAUGCAAUUUGCUCUAUKUAUCUCGGUGCUUCUUUUGACGAUAUUCUUACAGUUGAAUAYAAAGUUCAACAGAGCAAUGGCAUUCUUUGAAGUCCUUAGUGCGAUCAUUUUCUGCAGGUCCGUCUCCCAUUUGGAAGAAUAGUCUAGCCCCGAAGCUCGUUGCGAUCGAUACUCUCCAAGACAGUAUGUGAUAAUCCAAAUURCAGUCUCAUGAUGAUCAGAGGACUGCACAAUCGCAACAGUUUCGAUCCACUCUUCGGRGAUUGUCGAACGCCUUUUUUCUAUUUCGUCCCCAACGGUAGCAACAGCACGUCUUACAUCCCUGCCACUCUGUGUGCUCCGUUGAAGGAUUAAAAGAAMCRUAAUUACGUGCUCGACAACGUAUUUGAUAACCAAACAGCAAGAGAAACUGAUGAUAUUAUGAUAGACUGCGUACGACUUGAUAGACGGUGUAUGGCCACCCGGUCUUUUCGAUUUCUUUGUCGGUUUAACGCAUUUGCCCGUUUGUGGUUGUGGAAGCAGUCCAUCCUAGAGAUYGAAUAUAGUAUCUGUUGUAAAAGAAGGGAGACAUGAUAWUUAAUUWCAUCAUCGUUUUUAUUUCGAACACKUAACCGCUGUUAUAUCACUAAAAGUACAUUUGGACUCAACACUGUUUCUGCCUCAUCUGAUUAGUUCGUGCUUGAUUUCUUGGAAUACAUUCGAAGUGGGAGAAUAAAGUAUGUUUUGCCUCGAGGUGAACUGAGGACAAUAAACGAUGGCCGUCAAUCGCAAGAUUCCGGACCUCAAUCUUCGCUUCUUCUCUSCCUUUUAUGUUCUACGUACGGGMCCCACUGAAACAGAUCCAGGGUGCGUUUUCUUCGAUUCUUUCCAUUCCAUAUGAUGCAUCGAGACMUUGUUCGUUAACAAAAGACGGCCUGUCGAAUGGCCAGCUGUUGGUUUCGAAUUCUCCUGGUCCCGGCAAGUCUUCCUCCUUUUGCAUUUCGGGCCUCGAUCUGCUUGAGAAUUCGUUCUUGUUGGGCGAUAAAAUCCGGUGUGAAAUUCUUCAUGAAAKCUGAAUCCUCUUGGUUGCUCUUGGCUGUUCUAUUGUUGGAGCUACUACUUUGGUUCAUUUUGCUUUUUUUUCGUUGCGAGUUCUGUUGUUCUGGUUGCUGUUCUUUUUUAUGGAGGGUAGGAUGAUGUUUUGUUCGUUUUAUGAGAAAAAGAACAGCAAUUCACUCCAGUAUUGAAUGCGAGAAAACGGUGCGCCGAAAAUUAAGGCGAAUUCUGACGCAAGACACUCGUGUCAAGUUUUUUGAUGCGCCAUCACGAGAAAAUCUGCUGUUUGUUCGCAAAACCAGGAAUUUCCAGAACUUAACCAAGUGGCAAAGCAAACAAGGAUGACCGCUUGGCACUUCUAAAAAAUUCGAACCUGGAUG